GGAGUCAAAUCCAAAAAGUUGAAUUGUCACAAUUUGUAUUUCAUUUUUCUUUCGGAAAACUAGGUAUAUCCUUUGUUAGAAAUUCAUAGAAGAUGAGUGAAGAAGAAAGGACUUUGGUUGAUAAGUCAGAAAGCAGUUCUUUUGAGGACUUGGCUUCGGCUGCUGCUCAUGAGAUCGAAGAGGCGAAGAUCGCGGAAGCAGCUGCGGCGGAAAAAGAAAAAAUUGCCGAACCCAAAACAGAUGAAUGGCAGGAUGUUUUGGGGUCAGGAGCGCUACUCAAAAAGAUACUAAAACCUGGCAAAGAUUCCGAAUCCAGGCCAAACAGAAGUGAUAUCUGCAGAAUUAGCUAUGAAAUCAAAAUACGGGACACUGGUGAUUUAGUUGAGAAAAGGGACCAAGUAAAAAUAUACCUGGGAGAUAAUGAGGUCUUACAAGGCAUGGACCUGGCUUUGACCCUGAUGCAUGAAGGAGAAGAAAACUUUUUGCAACUGGCUCCCCGGUUUGCCUAUGGAGAAACAGGUCUAAAAACUGGAGAGAGUUUAGGCACAGUGGGAGAACUUGAUGGGCCAAAAUAUGAUGGCCCAAACAUUGGACCAGAGACUUGGCUCGAAGUAAGGCUGGAACUCCAUGAUUGGAACGAAGAACCAGAGCAUGAAACCUUGCCGAUCGCUGAAAGAAUGCAAAUUGGCACGCGUCGUCGCGCCCGCGGCAACUGGUGGUACGGUCGUGGGGAACCGAUCCUCGCUGUGCAGCUCUACAGACGUGCUUUAGAUGUAUUAGAUGAGAGCGAGGGGGGUAUCACAGACCCCACGCCGAGCGGGCAGAUGGCCCCUACCUCGGACGCCCUGAAGGCGCUGUUAGAUGAGAGACUACGGGUCCACAACAACAUGGCCGCCGCGCAGCUGAAGGCUGGCGCUUACGACGCCGCUUUACAAGCCGUCACUCGCGUGCUCCAAUGCCAGCCAGACAACGCUAAAGCUUUAUACCGCAAGUCGCGCAUCCUCUCCGCUAUGGGCCGCAACUCUGAAGCCUUAGAGGCAGCCAGGGCUGCCGCCGCUGCCGCGCCUGACGACUCGGGCACUAAGAAGGAGUUGCAGCGCUGCGAGCAAAGGGCUAACAGAGACCGCUCGGUGGAGCGCCGUCUCGCUAAGAGAAUGUUGGGCACCUCUGACCAGCCCAAAGGCUCGCCUGAUAAAAAACCGUCCAGAGCUAAGAUGUUCGUGUGGGGCUCGCUGCUGCUAAGCCUGCUGGUGGGCGUGGCCAGCGUGCUGGUGUACCGGUACAAGCUGCAGCACUGACACAUUCAUACUGCAAUACAAGUAACCGAGAUUUCCAAUGGUGUGAUUGGAAGGUAAAGGUGCACAUUAACUACUUAGAUUUCCACAUCAUAUCUGCGAUGGUACUGGUUUAUCUGUCUCGCUCUUGACUACGCGUGAACGUCAUUUCGUCCCAUUCGCUCUUGUCAGAGGCCUAAUUAUUCAACUCAACGUCUGUUACGAUCGUUUUCAAUGUGACUAUUUGAUUACAACCAUCGCUGGUUCAAAGACAAUUUGUCAGUGAUUUGUAUUGCGGCAGCAAUGGAUGUAUACUGUAUAACCCGAUGUGACGUCACGGCUGCCAAGUGCGCAGUUAAUUCAAUCGGGUUGUAUCUUAAACUGAAAGAAAUUUUGAGAGACGCUGACUUGUAUAAUUAGGCAGCGGAAUGUCUUAGAGAAUCAUGUUAAUAUUAUAGUUUGCUAGUUGCGAUAUGCAAAACGUAUUUUUAUACUACAUAUUUACUACUACUACUACUGCGGGUAUUCAGAGACUUGAGUACACAUCAAUAUAUUAAUAUUGUACUUAUUACUCGAAAAUACAAGUAUGUACUGAUGUUCUUUUGGAAUCAAUAUUUAACUACAGCUCAUUGUUUUAUUUAUUACAAUUGUUAAACUAAGUGGGUUACACACACACGUUAGCUUUUCUGUCAAUUACUUCCUGAUAACUAAAUCAAUAAAUUUAGUACUUACUAAGCAUACUAAUAGGGCUUUAAAACGCAAACUAUAGAAUUUAUUUCCUUGAUUCAAAUAAUAAUCAUGUUUAUCAAUAAAUAGUAGUUAAAUAAUUAUUUAUCGAUACUAUCUUCAGCAUUAUACAUAAAACAGAUAUAAAGAAAUAUAUUUUUGCAGUUCUUUACAAAACGAUAAAUAAAUAGAGUAAUACGAUCACUUUCUGUAGACAAUAUUUUGUAUUUAGUUUAUUGUAAAAAGGUGAUAGGUUAGGCUAAUGUAGAAGUUAGAUAUCAUGUGAUUCAAUCGUUGUACUUUAUUGCUAAAUAUUUCCGCAAUAUGCAUUUAUCUCUUAAAUUUCGCCUGUGCAUUUUGUUUUACAAGUCCAGAUGUAUGUAUUUUAAUAUAAAUAAAUGUAUGUACGGAAUACAUUUUUGUAGCUAGUGCCAAAAUUGGAAAUAUCAGAAUAUUUAUGUAUAAAUUUUAUUAUAAUAUACUAUCGUCGUUUGUUAUUAAAAUAGUAGCGUGCGACAUAUUUUAAAAAUCAAACCAUCCUACUACCAUGAAUGUCACGAUAUGAUUUUGUCGUGGCGUAAAUAUCAAAUUUAGCUGACAUAAUACCACGAUAAAAUUAUGUCGUGUUGUUCUUGCUGGCCCGGCAGAAAUAUAUUUUUCGAUAAAUACUUUUUAAGUGUAAGUACCGCAGCUAACGCAACGCAUUCCAGGCUUCAAAGUUUUUAACUCUAUACUAAAAAACCUAAGUCAUGUAAGUAUUUAUAACCUUUUCUGUUGGUGCUUUUUAUUAAACUCUUAGAAAAUAAUCGUACGAAUAACGUAUAAGUAGACGAAACGAUUGACAUUAUUAAUUGACGAUUCAUAUCUUGUUGUGAAGUCAUUACUUUGCUAAUAAAAAUUAUUGUAAAGUUACAAGUCACUGUGACUCGCGGGCAAUUAUUCCUAAUAUUGACAGCACCUGUCUUGUUUCGUCUUUAUCGCAAUUCGACUUUUAGAGGGCAUGCACACCAUGUUUUUUCAGCAAUUGCAUGUGCCUUGAUGGCGCCUGAAAAAACCGUGGUGUGCUUGGGCCCUUUUAUCCGUCUACGAAAAACUGUUUCCACUGUAGUUCUCUUGUAGUUGAAGUUCGCAAUGAGCGCGACAAUCUUUUGCUUUUCACUUUGGAAUAUCCGAGACAAAAUAGACUCGUGCGACUGCUCAUUGAUGUUAGAACCAUUGGAAGCAUCAUUCUGUUUCUUUAAUGAUUGUCGCGUUGUAUUCAGUGAGAUAUAGUGAGCUUAGCUAGAUUUGAGCUUAUAAUAUUCUAAAAACUAUCAAGCCAUGCUGGUAAUGGUUAAUCAAAUAAAAUGUAUAUGGAAAUGCUGGUCCAUUGUAAUAGUCCAACGCAUUCCAAAUAUCAGGACUGAUUGACGUCAACGUAAAAAAAUGUAUGUUGAUACACUAUCAAGCUUAUGUUUCCGCUUAACUAUUGUAUUAGUCCUUUUAUUUUAUUGUAUUUCCGUGUAUUUUCUUCUACAUAUUGGCUUGUAAUCUAGUGUCUAUAAAAAUCACGUCUCAUUUUGUUGGUUAUUUAUUUAUGUUGAGUUUUUUGUAUUUAUUACCUAAAGCAAUUGUUAUUUGUCAUCAAAACAGAUGGACGUAACUAUUCUUAUCAGUUUUUUUUUUAUUGUUACGCUUGUGAGGGCUGAAGUAAAUGCAAAUUGAACGUCAAUACUUUUUAUUUAGACGAUAAAAUAUGACAUUGGUAUAGGAUCAUAAUGUAAUAUUACAGUAAAAAUGUAAAAAAAAAGAAAUAAAAAAUAUGGUGGUUCCAGUAAACACAUAAUCAUUUGUUGCAAA